CGUGCGCUUCUAUCUUUUUUUAUUUUGGCGCUGCUAGUAAGACCUUCAGCCCCCGAUUUGUCACGAUAGGAAGCUGUUUUCUUGCAAUAUUUUUUCAAUUUACUGUCCCAUAAUUUCCUCCCUUUUUUUUUCUUUCUUCCCCCCCUUUACUUAGCCACACAGUCACAUUUGGAGCUUCCUUCUCGGUCUAAGCUCGACUCCUUUUAUGUGAGAGACCUUGAUCCGCCCCGGACUAUCAGGCUGCAAACCCCCAUAAACACACAGAGGCUGUCAUCCAGCAGGACCAUCACCCAACAAAAGCUAAAACUUACAUUCCACACAGUCAGCCAGUGGGAGACACAGCCACUGAAGCAGCUUGCAAGAUAUUUAUCUGGCCUGACAAACAGGCAACAAGCAGCAGACAAGUUAGCAGACAGAAAGGCAGCCAUGUUGAUCAUCUUAGCCGCCAUCAUUCUUUUCCAUCUGGCUGCAGUCAUUCUACUCUUUGUUGCAACCAUUCACAAUGCAUGGUGGGUGGUGACGUCACCCGGACGUGACGUGAUCUACACUGACCUGUGGUACUCUUGUAACGCUACGUGCUACCCUGUGGAGAACAGCCAUACUGUUGAAGCAGCCUACCUGCAAACAGUCCAGGCCUGUAUGAUCUUGGCCACCAUUUUAUGUUGCGUCAGCUUCUUCGUCUUCAUCCUUCAGCUCUUCAGGAUCAAACAGGGAGAGAGGUUCAUUUUCACUGCUAUUAUCCAGCUAUUGGCCUCUCUAUGUGUGAUGAUCGCAGCGUCUGUCUACACAGCUGAGAAACACACCUUUCAUGUGCCAAGUCUUCAGAAAGGCUCCUACGGCUCCUCCUAUGUCCUGGCCUGGAUCAGCUUCCCCAUGACCCUCAUCAGUGGCCUCAUGUACCUGGUGCUAAGGAAACGCAAAUAGAUGUGACUGGCUUGAAGCAUAGGCUCGCAAUCAUUCAAAUGUAUAAAUAGGAACACUUGGACACAAAUGCAUAAAAACAUACACUUGUCUUCAACAAACAUUCCUGCACACGCUCUCUUUUCAACCUUUAGAUUUUAUAAUACCAUUGGAGAUAAAGAAAUGUGCAAGAAAUGUCAAAUCCAUUUUAAUUUAAAGUCUCAGGUUCAGGGCCAGACACACUUUUUGUCCACCUUAAACACUCAAAACCCCAAGUAGUCACACACUCUUCUCCUUCCUGAUGGGACAUUGUUCUCACUAAAUGCGGCUCAGAAGCAUGGCUGACUCUUGACUGACCAACAGUUAGCUGACAGACCCACAGAGAUAAGAGAGCCACUAAGAUAUGUUUCUGUAAACAUUUAAGGUGAGAAAUACACCAUUAUUCACAUAUGAUUAACAGUGCCUACUUCAAAAAGUAUAGACAUGACUUGCUUGACCUGCUAGAGACACAGGGCUUACUAGGGCAUUUGCAUAAUCUCUAUGCAAAUGCCCUCAUUCACUCAUUGCUCUGCAUAGAGCAUAAACAUGACAUGUUUAGCUGAGACUGCAUUUGGUGAGAACAUACCUUGACUGUCCUCUUCUUUCUAUUCCACUGUGCCAUUACACAUGACAUGAGCUCUGUUACAACACACUGAUUUGCCCCCUACUCUUGUCUCAUUAUGUACUGGCUCGCUCCCACACCUUUCAUAGAAACUUGUUUAAAAUACAUGAUCACAGAGGAUAAAGGCUGAGGAAGAAAAGCAGGGAGGUUUGCCGCACUGCCAACACAGCCCCUGGACUUUCCAAAGGGUCCAUAAUUUUUUUGUGAAGCUGCAGUCAAUGGAAUUUAUUUUGUAAAUACUUGCUGUGUAUGUAUAGUUCAGAUAAUUGCCAAAAACCUAUUUCUAAGACUGAACUGUUCCAUUUAUAUCUAUAUAUCUAUAUUUAUAUAUAUAUGUGUGUGUGUGUGUGUAUACACACACACACACACACAUAUAUAUAUAUAAUAAAAGAAAAAUAAAGAAUAUUAUGUUAACCGUAGCCUAUAGGAAGUGUAGUGAAGCAGUAGUUGAGGUAUUAUAUGUAGGAUUUUAACCCUUUGUUUGUAUUCCUAUGUUACUGACUUGUAUUUUAUUGGUGAAAAAGGAACCAAUGAUGUGCUGUGAUAUUUGGGAUUUAAAAUGACAAAACAGAAACAUGCAAACUUGAAAUGAGAAUGAAUAUUUCUUUGUUACUAUUAUUCCUUUUUUGCUCACAGCUUCACUGAAAAAACAAAAUAACAAAUGCUAUUUAUUGUUUAAAACCACUGUUGUUUAUUUUAGCAUGUGACAGAGGAUGUAUGAAGUGAUUAAGUCUUCCCUCUUUGGCCAAGCUACUGUCUAUUUGGUCCCUUACUUAAACAUCUCCCAAACCCUAAUGGACAUUUGAUGUGGCAUUUAAUCAUAAAGAAAAAAGAAAUCAUUAUUGUGUUGUACAUGCCACUAAUUUAUAGUGAUAUAAAUUGAUCCCACUUUAGCACUGAAUUAGAAACUGGCUUUCUUUUCCUCUCUCUUGGUGUUGGAUUGGUGGCGACUUAGGGGAGACCAGCUGGGUAUUAACGUGGUAGCUGCUAGGACCUGAAACAUUUCUAGGAAAUAAAUAGUUUUUAAGUGAUAGAAAUAUGUCCAUGUUGGACAGACUUUGGAUCGCAAAGCCUGGUAACAUAACCAGCUCACCAAAAUGAAGAUUCAGGGGAUAGGAAUGGAAGUAAAGAUUUUGUUCUGUUAUCUCGAGAUGAUACUUGAAAAUGAUCAAAACAGCGUACUGGAGGCCAAUGAUGUUUGUUGUUCUUAGUUUUGUGAAGUUGUCAUCUUAAAAGUGUUUCACUAAACAAUAAGCCUCCUGUUUGCAUGCAAGUUUUUGUCUUUCAGUGAAUCCCUUUAACUUAUAUUGACACGAAAAGUAAGUUGUUGUAGUAGCAUAGACUGGAAAAUUAAGUUUAUUAUAGAUUAUGUAAAGUUUGGAUUUAUUCAAUUUAGCUUUGAUGAUUUCAAAAAGGAUCUAAAUUAUGAAUAAACCAACUACUUGAACAUAAAUUCUGUGCUUACUCUGUUGCAGAUAUUCAACAGCAAUUGCGGCAAUCUGUCUUCAGAGUCGACUAGUUAGACCUACUCUUAAUUUGAAAUCAAAAAUAUUUUGUUAUGGUUGUGAUUAUUUUCCAGUAGUGUGUUUUAUUUCAGUGUAGAUGUACUGUAUCAUAGUAAAUGUAGAUCAACACAAAUAACCACAGGGCCAUGCUGACAAAUAAUUAUAUAAUUUGUUGAAACCAACACUGUAUGCAGAUUUUUUUUUUGCCAUUGAAAUGUUUCUAAUGCUUAAUGAAGUAUUAUUGACACAAUGAAUGAGUCUCAUUUUGCUUUUGAAUGGAAACAUGUUGAAAUGGCCAAUGUUUUAAGAACUUAAUCAACAGUUUCCUUUGUGGCCUUUUUGUUUUUUCUAUUUUUUUUGCCAGCUUUGAUACAGUCUUCAAUGUCAUGGCAAAUGGGAGUGUCUCUGCUUGUUACAGGCUCUUUGCUUUUACUCUUUUAGGCAAAUUCAAUUACAGCAUGCUAUUUAUUUUGACCUCUGUUGCAACAUCAGCAGCAGCUUCUGUAAUCUGAAAGAUAUUACUGUAUCAGCCAACUGAAAUAUUUGUCUGCUUUUGACACCCAGUGGGCUGACUGAAAACUACACCAUGUGUAGCUGGUAUUUUUAUCGCUUCAGGCUAUUGACUAGACUGCUGCAGCUCCUGUCAAGCACUCCUGAAGAGAAUGAACUUGUUUCUGAUGAAUCCUGCUGCUCUAAUCUCAGAACCAGCGAUUGGGCAAACAGAUUCAGGAACAAAGACUCACUACCCCUGAAAGAAUUUAUAGGUGCUUGUUUUUUCCCCCAAUGUCCCCCAUGCAUCAGAUGUAGAUCUCAAAAAAAUUUAAUUUACAAUAAAUAAAACUUCUUUGUUUGUGCCAAAUCUGUUACUGACUCAGGUAUCCCUCUAUACUCCUUAUACACUGAAGUGC